AUGCUGAAAUUCGUCGUUCUCGCUGUCGCGAUCGCCACGGUUGACGCCGCUCCAACGUCCUCGUCGCCAGCUAAAACGGAGAGUCCGCCAAUCCCGACACUGCCUGCAUUACCGAUUUCUUCGGAAUCAGCCGCAACGUUGACACCGCCACUCUCAUCCGCAUCUGCCAAAUCUCUGAGCAUGAUGGCCGACGUAAAAACACCGGCCUCCACGACCAAACUGGCCAACUUGGCACCCCUGGCGACACCACUAGCCGCGGCACCCAUUCUCUCACCUCUACAGAUCUCGGCGUACGCUUACGCCUUGCCAGUUUUACCUCCGAUCGAAGUGGCGGCAGCACCUUCCACUUACUCGAUCGAACAGCACGGUUAUCGUAUUAUCUACUGACGUCACUCGUUCUUGGAUUCGGGCGGUAACUGGAUCUAGCCAGUACCAACGUGCAGAAUACG